AUUCUACCCAUUCUCAUUCUACCAUUCUACCAUCGUCUGCUGUUGAAACAAAACAUAAUUUCGUUUCAAUUUUAUUUAUUUUUUCACACGUUGGUUAACAUAUAUUGAGUGGCUUGACUUAAACAAACAUUAGUAUUUCGCUUAGCUUAAUGACACUGAUGGAGCUUCAAUUAAGGCUACUGGCUCAGUUUUAACACAAACAGCCGAUUCUUACUCUUAGUAGUAACAUGAAUUCACUUCAGAGUGUGUCUUCUUUAAGGUACUCUGUUAAGAAGUCUUUAGACAAGAUUUCAAAGCAACAGAUAACGAACAUUAGCAAACAGCAAGCUACUUCAGACAAAACAAAAAAUAUAAACUCAAAUAAAGUUAUUAUUCCAAAGAGGAUUGAGAGGGGACCAACAGAUGUCUUAAAGGCAAUAGCUAGCACUGUUAAGCGAGAUUACUUGGCACCCCACUACAAGUAUCAUGACGACCCCUUUCUUAUCCCAACAUCAAACAUUGCCAAGAGGAUGUUUGCCCUGUCUCAGGAGUCUGGGCGUAAAGCAGCUCACUGGGUUCGCCAAGAACAUGCUGAUUUGUUUCAACAUAGAGUUGCAGAUCCUCCAAUUGAGCCUUAUUUUCCCAAGGCAAUUUAUGACGAAAACUCGCAAGUAGAUGAAAAUGUUCUAAAGAAAUUGAUCGAGCAACAUUUGGUAUCUGAUUCACUGACUGUUCAUGGCUUAUUAAAAGAGAAGGGAAUAGAGAUAUCAAGAGAUACAUUGCAGAGUUUGUUAGAAUUAGUUUGUUACUACAAUGAAGAGGAUCCCCUUGAAGAAGACUGGAUUGAAGAAAGAUGGUUCAAGCAGGACACAAGGGGAAGAGAUAAGAAAAUUAAUUCUUGGAAAACCAAAGGAGUGGCUGAGAUGUUGUUCGAAAGCCUUUCCCCGCCAGACGCAGCAGCCUACUCUGCUCUGAUAUGUGGCAUGGUACAGGCAGGCAACAUGGCCGGGGCCUACAAACACUUCCAGGAGGCCUUAGACCAGGGAAUGAUGUUGCCCCUUCAUGUGUACAACAAACUCAUCACUGCAGCUCCCACACUCAAGGAGGGCUACGACCUGCGUUGGCAGUUUGUAGAGGACAUGUUGGGGCAAAUCAGACAGCAAGGAUUAUUUCCUGACUUGGGAACAUUAAAUGCUGCCCUUGAAGUUCUUAGUUCAAUGAAUGUGCAUAAAAAUGCUCAGAAAAAUGCCUUGGCAUUAAUGACAGAAUUUAGGAACCUAGGCAUUGAUCCAUCUUUGACUUCUUACUAUUACUUGUUGAUUAUUUUCUGCAAAGGAAGCAGCAUACGCAGUUCCGUUCUUAUCAACAUUUUGGACAUAUUGGAAGGAAAAUCCUUGACAAUUAGAGACCCACGGGAUAUUUUCUUCUUUACUGAGGCAAUGGACAAUUGUCGUUAUCAUUUAAAUGAUGUAGAAGCAGCAUACAGACUUGAUAAACUUCUUCAUACUGGGGACAACUACAACCUCAUUGGCGACAGCUUCAAGGAAUCUAUUUAUUAUCGAAACUAUUUUGCUCUGGUGUGCCAGUCAGGCUCAAUAUCUGAAUUAAUGAAGCUCUAUGAUAAGUUGGUGCCACACGUAUAUGUUCCUGAACCUGGCAUAAUGGAACUGAUAAUUAAGACGGCAGAAUUGCAUGAGGCGUGGGAGUUGUUGCCAAGACUGUGGUCGGAUCUAGUAGUGUUUGACCAAGCUUCUAGAGAGCAGAGUUUGGUAGCAAUGUUGGCAGCGUUGCAGCACAGUGUCACGACAGACGAGAACCUGCUAGCCAAGCAUGCUGAUGUAGCGUGGGCCAUCUACACCAGGGUGGAGGCUCAACAGGACGAUGACGACACCAGAGAUAGGUUCAGAGCUAAGAUCAGCUGGACAGGACAGAUGCUGGGAGAUAUACUGGAAGUGUUGCUGAGGGCUGACAGGUAUGAAGAGGCUGUUCAGAUCCUCAACUGUCUCGAGAAGAGACAAAACCAAGUACUCGGCGUCCCUUCCAUCAGGAGCCUCUCGGCCUUCUUAGACAAGAGCAUAGAAAAGAAACAAGUCAAAAAUGCACUUUGGUGCAUCCAAUAUUGCUAUGAUGUUGGUUUUGAAGAAACUGUCAGGAUGGCUCAAAAUCUGAAUAGCUCAGUGAAGCUUGAGGCCAAUGACUACAACCAACUAGUCACCAUUGUUGGGAAAGAACCUCUAACAAAACUUGCUGCUAUUGCUAGUUAAGGUGCAAUGUUAGAAUUAUAUAGCCUAGUGUAUGUAGAUUUUGUAAAAUAAAAAAGUAAAAGAUAUUUAACCAUG